UCAUCCCUACUCCCUGCAUGGGAACUGGAGCGAUGCGAGUGGCGGACACGCGGGCCCCAGCGGAGGACAAUAGCCAGAUUCCGGGCCGGGGGCGGAAGCAAAACUGCAGGCUCCACAGGGUGGGGACGGAGCCCGCGGACUACACGUCCCGUGGUGCCCCGCAGCAACUUCCGGGCCCCAUGAUGCCCUGCGGAGUACCGGAGGCGGGGCCGUCUCGCCAUGCUCCGCGCGCUGAGCACCCUGGGCGCGCGGCCCUUGGGCCGCCCCCCUGCCCAGUUUCUGCUGCUCGCGCGCGGCCGAAAAACCCGCCACGAUCCGCCGGCCAAGUCCAAGAUCGGGCGCGUGGCGACCCCGCCCGCCGUGGAUCCUGCGGAAUUAUUCGUGCUGACGGAGCGUUACCGGCAGUACCGCCAGACGGUGCGCGCCCUCAGAAAGGAGUUCGUGACCGAGGUACGCAGGAAGGUGCAUGAGGCCCGAGCCGGUGUCCUGGCAGAGCGCAAGGCGCUGCAGGAUGCCGCUGAGCACCGCGAGCUGAUGGCCUGGAACAAGGCAGAGAACCAGCGGCUGCAUGAGCUGCGGAUGGCCAGGCUGCGGCAGGAGGCGCGGGAGCAGGAGCGGCGGCAAGCGGAGGAGGCGGCUCGGGAAGCCCGAGAGGCGGAGGCCUGGGCCCAGCUCAAGAAGCGGGAAGUGCUGCAGCUGCAGGAGGAUGCGAAAGACUUCAUCACCCGAGAGAAUCUGGAGGCGCGGGUGGAAGAAGCUCUGGACUCCCCGAAGAGCUACAAUUGGGCCAUCACCAGAGAGGGGCUGGUGGUCAAGCCACAGCACAAGGGCUCCUGAGGCCCCAGUGAGGACAGUACCUACCCAGGGACCAUGGAAGUAAAGGGGUUAGGCCUGAUCUGAAAUAAAGCAGUUGGUGUUUCUGUUGAAGGAAAA